GUUGCAUCACACACCAGCACAUGUGUCGGCAGGGAGAGAGGGAGCCUGUGGUAGGAGCGCCUGGACGUCUGCUGGCGAGGGAAUGCAACGUUUUGUGAGGGUCGUAGGGUCAUGGACUCCUGUGCUGUCGUGGGAGGCAGCACCUGGUGCUAGCAGGGUGAGACAAGCCAUCAAGCCCAUCUACCUCUUCGAGUCGACGAUCCGGACAUGGCUCGUCCAUGCACCAAGAGUGCUGUCCAAGCGCUUCCCUUCUUUCAACCGUACCAUUAGCUUGCUCUUCAUGUACAUGAUGUUUCAAGUGCUGGCCAUCCUAGGCGCCUUCCUGCUCAACGCCAUCUGCAGCGUCACCCUAGACAUUUCGGGACUGGCCGCGAAGCACGCCUUCGACUUCUCGCUGAAUCGAUCCAUCGCGCACGGCUUCGCCACGUUUUACGUCACCUACUCCACCAUCCGGUGAGACGAGAAC